AUGAUCCGCCACGGCGCGGUGGAGGCGCCCUCAACACUGGAGCCCUCAGCGGCGGUGCUGCAGGCGAUGCACGCCCUCUACUGGCGCGGUGUGUUUCUCGGCACAUGCGUCGCCGUCUCCCCACGGGUACUCGUGACCGCCGGACAUCAUUACAACGCCGCGAAGGACGACGUCGGCGACUUCACCGUCCGACACCCACAACAACAACAACAACAACAACAACAACAACAGAAAAAAGAAAAAUAUAAUGGGGAUGAGGCGGAAGAAGAAACGCGGGUGGAACACGCUGCGAAGAACGCCGCACACGAUCUGCUUGUAUUGUGGGUAUCCAGAGACCUGCAGUGUGUGUUACUGCGUGGAUUUCUCCCGCCUGUGCAGGCGCGGGUGGCGACGGUGUGGAUGUCUACAAAAUGGCCACACGAGACGAUUGUGUCGCCUGGUGUUGUGAUUGAAAGUAGUGCGGUGAGUUGCAUGGCGCGUGGAACUGUCAGUACGAGUGGCUCCAGUGGAGCACCGGUGAUUGAUUACUUUGGGGAUCAUGUGGUUGGUAUGCAUCUCACAUCUAACACACGGGAUGGAUCCCGGGUCUCUGGUUUCAUACCAGCGCGAAAAAUUGUGGCACUUCUUUCAGAAAUGGGCAUUAACUGCCGAAUGGUGUAG